UUGAAAGUAGUCGACUGUCACCUUUAUCUCAUAAUCAAAUUCAGCAAGAAUCGGGAUAAAGGUUAACGAGCGAGAUCGUCGUUCUGGAACCGGCACGAAGAGAAGAGAGAAGAAACUUCUGCACUCGUUUUAAAAGUGUGCGCAAAAACAAACUCACCAAAGGCAUCAGCUUCCGCACGAGACAAACGCACGGUAUUUUGUAAAGGCGGAGGAAAAUUUCUGCAGAGCGUUUUGGCAAGAGUUGACGUGAUCUUUGAAGGAGUUUACCGACAGGUUGCAUGGCUUACUGGUGCUCGACGCACGUCUCUAGCCACGGCGCGCGACGGAGCGAGCAGGAGAUCGUUCUCUCAGACCACUAGAUGAGCUAUCAAGAGACUUGGUGCAUCAUCCUCCUCUUCACGUUCGUUGCAACGCCAGAGACUUGAGAUUUCCGCGCAGCGACUGGGCUUGAACUCCAGUCGAAGAACAAGAAGAAGGCGGAGUCUUAAGUUAUUAAAAGGAACUCGCCGAGGCUCGGUAGCAAACAUGAUGAUGAUGUCUCUGAACAGCAAGCAGGCGUUCGCCAUGCCCCACACCAGUCUGGCCGAGGCCAAAUACUCCAGUUUGCAUUCUGCGUCCUCUUCUUCCACUUUGACUUCCAACGCGCCCUCGUCCUCCUGCUCGUCGUCCAGACACAGCAGCACGAUCAGCAGCGGCGGUUCGGAGGCGAUGCGCCGAGCAUGUCUCCCAACCCCACCGAGCAAUAUAUUCGGCGGAUUGGAUGAGAGUUUGUUGGCCCGCGCGGAAGCUCUGGCGGCGGUGGAUAUAGUCUCGCAGACCAAAAGCCAUCAUCACCCUCCUCAUCACAGCCCCUUCAAGCCGGACGCAACCUACCACACCAUGAACACGCUUCCGUGCACCUCGUCGUCCUCCUCGUCGUCAUCCGUGCCCAUCUCGCACCCUUCAGCUCUGGCGAGCCAUCACCACCACCACCACCAUCACCACCACCACCAGCCGCACCAGGCACUGGAGGGCGACCUGCUGGACCACAUCACCCCAGGACUGGCACUUGCUGGAGCCAUGGCCGGGCCAGACGGCUCGGUGGUCUCCACGCCUACGCACCCAGCUCACAUGGCAGGCAUGAACCACAUGCACCAAGCUGCCAUCAACAUGGCUCACGCCCAUGGGCUUCCAUCCCACAUGAGCUGCAUGAGCGACGUGGAUGCAGAUCCCAGGGACUUGGAGGCAUUCGCUGAGCGCUUUAAACAGCGUCGGAUCAAACUUGGCGUGACCCAAGCGGAUGUAGGGUCAGCGCUGGCCAACCUGAAGAUUCCCGGCGUAGGCUCUUUAAGCCAGAGUACCAUCUGCCGGUUUGAAUCGCUCACGUUGUCCCACAACAACAUGAUCGCCCUGAAGCCCAUCCUGCAAGCUUGGCUGGAGGAGGCUGAAAAGUCGCACCGGGAGAAACUCAACAAACCCGAGCUCUUCAACGGGGCCGAGAAGAAGAGGAAGCGGACCUCCAUCGCGGCCCCCGAGAAAAGGUCCCUCGAAGCUUAUUUCGCUAUUCAGCCGCGUCCGUCCUCAGAGAAAAUCGCAGCAAUCGCAGAGAAGCUGGACCUCAAAAAGAACGUAGUGCGGGUUUGGUUUUGCAACCAGAGGCAGAAACAAAAACGCAUGAAAUACUCGGCCUGCGUCUAGCUCGACCAGAAGACCAACGCGACGUGUCGAGAGACUCCUAAAACUGUUUAGAGACGAUUUGUAAAAUAUUUCUUAUCUCACACCUUUUUCAAUCAUCAAUAACUUGUACAUUGAACCAGAAUUUCAUGAUAUUCAAAAGAGACAUUUGAAAAUCACUGUCACGUAUUACGCAAAGGGGAUGUGGAAUCAUUUAAAGGAUCGUUUGACUGAUCAAGUAAGACCAUUCGUUUUUCCUCACUUAUUCUAGCACACUUUCUAUAUCAGAGGAGCAAGACUCUUUAAACCUCAAUCAGACAGCCUGCCUGACGCUGAAUAGCGUAUUUUAGUCGUUUACCAGAAAGUGUUCUGUAUCACAACACCAGAAAUUAUUCUAAACUGAGAGGGGGACAAAUACUUCAGGUCAAAAGGGUGACAGUGUCUUGUCAGUGUUUUUCUUUUGUAAUAUUUCUUUCUCAGCAUGUCACGUUUCAAUCUGGUGUUAAUUCAGGGUUCGUUAGAUAAAAAAAAGAAAACAAAAAGAAAAAGAAAAAGAAAAAGAAAAGAGGACAUCACGAAUUAUGUCCAAGAACGAUUCUGCAACAUUAUUAGAUAAUAACCAAACAGCACCUUGUAAAUUAUUGAUUUAGCUGUUACAUGCAUAAUUUUGUCUGUCGUCUUCUUAAUUCCUCUUCUGUGAUUUUAAUAAUGAUAACCCAUAACCUACAAUUAGGCAAUGGGCGAGAAGAACAUCCAUAUUUUUUCUUGUGAAGGCAUAUUUGCUAUAACCGACCUCUUAGCUAUUCAAACAAAACAUAUUGGACAUAAUGAACACGAAGAGAGUUUCAAUUGUUUUUAGUAAUGGUAUUUGUUCAGCCAAAUAUCUGUUGCAAUACGCCUGCGCUCUAACGUGGCUAUGUUUCUUAUGAACUAUUUAUCAUGUGAGGUAAUGUUUACUUCAUUACAUAUUUAUUGGGAUUCCCUCCACGUUUUUGCUUGAGAAAAUCAUAUUGAGACAACAAGGAAAACGUGGCCCUCUGCAAACGGGGAAACUGCUUGAAACAGGCCACACUUUUUUUUCGUUCUUCUAAUGUUUCGAAAAGGCACAAUCGAGAGAUAUAUGAGAACAUUUUCUUUGAAAUUAUUUUCAUGUAUGUUAUCUGCUUAUUUAUUUGUAUAAAUAAUACGCGUAUAAUUAUGGAGUCGUUGCUUGUUAAAUUCACCAUGUUUAGUAAUGUUUUCUUAAUGAAAAAAAAACAACAACAUUCACGUAAAAUGUAAAUAUCUCAUUUGGACAUACACAUACAAUAUCCGUACAGGUAUUUGCUGUAUUGCUGUUUUAGCUGCGGUAACUGUAAUGUCUGUUGCUUUAGGUUUAAUUGUCGGAUCAAUUCAUUAAUUUAUUACAUCAAUGUAUAUUUAAGUUACUAUUUGAUAAUUGAAUUGAACUAUGUGUUUCAUUAAAGAACAACAUUUUAACAUUUUA